AUGAGGAGGAGCUCGCGAUUACUUGUAAGACAAAUUGCCAGCCAAACUACCCAUCAAAACAAUAUACCAGCUGCAAUCACUUCUAAAAAAAGGAAAAACAACGAAGAAACAAGCCGUAGCAAAGCCAAACUAGCUAAGAAAGAGAGUAAAAAACAAUCCUCUGUGAAUCAUCAUCAUCAUCAUGCCAGUGAUGACCUCAAGACUAGUCCACAAACCAAGAAAACGAAAACAUCCAACAAGAAAGAGAAAAAGGUAAAGGAUAAUAGCAGCCUACACGAGAACAACCAUCCAUUACGUUACCAGAAAUGGCUUGGAGGUCAUAUGUCUAUCAGUGGCGGCUUAUAUAAUGCUGCUAUUGAUGCACAUCAAACAGGUGCUGGUGCUUUUGGACUCUUUCUGCGCAAUCAACGUCAAUGGGAUAGUAAACCGUUACUGGAUGAGGCUGCCAAUCAAUUUCAACAAGUUUGUAAGGAGAUGAAGUUUACACCCUGGCAAAUAUUACCUCAUGGAUCUUAUUUAAUGAAUUGUGGCUCACCCAAUCCUGAUACCUUACAAAAGAGUCGCAAUGCUUUAAUUGAUGAAUUAAAGCGUUGCGAAAAAUUAGGUUUAAUGUUAUAUAAUUUUCAUCCUGGAUCAUCCCGUGGCGAAAUAUCUCGUACGGAAUGUAUACAGCUUAUUGCUGAAAGUAUCAACAUUGCUCACCGGGCUACUAACAAAGUCAUUACCGUCAUUGAGAAUAUGAGCAACCAGAAAAAUGUCAUUGGUGGCUCUUUUGAAGAAUUAGCCGAAAUUAUUAAUCGUGUUGACGAUAAAUCUCGAGUUGGUGUCUGUCUCGAUACAUGUCAUACAUUUGCUGCUGGUUACGACAUAGCAAGUAAAAAAGGCUAUAAGAAAACUAUGGAUGAGUUUGAUAGUGUAGUAGGCUUUCAAUACUUGCGUGCUAUGCAUAUUAAUGAUUCCAAAGGUGAAUUAGGUUGCCACUUAGAUCGACAUGAAAAUAUUGGCAAGGGAAAGAUUGGCCUCAAGGCUUUCAAGCUAAUUAUGAACGAUUCAAGGUUAAACAAUAUACCUAUGAUAUUAGAAACACCAUCUAGAUUUGAGAUGAACUACAACGACGAAAUCAAGUUAUUGUACUCAUUGUGCGAUUAA